AUGACUUGUGAGUCGGGAGAACGAUGCCUAAUACACAACAAAAUGAUCGAAUGGGAUCAUUCAACUCGGCUGAUCGAGCAUCGUUUGCAAGCACUGUAUGGCAAACCCGGUCGGUGUCAACUUUCCUGGUCGAACAAACCACGAAGACUCAGACGCAGUCGGCCUCGAUUGAGAAAAUUGGCUUGGUGUGUUUCACAACAGCUGAAUGACGACCAGUCGCAAAGUAAAAUAGCUUUGAAUCGCCAAGCACAACACAUGCGCACAGUCUCAGAAUUAUUGAACAGGUGGAUUCCGGACACGUAUGUGCUAAACAAAUCGCUGAGUUUCGGAAAUCAGAAAUUUCGACCGAAAGAUUUAUUACCGAGCUAUUUGGCCGAUCUUCCACAGGUGUGUUUAGGCUGCCUGCCCAAAGCCUCUUUGACACAUCUGUUAGAUCACCUAGUACGGAAGAGAUGCAUUGACCAAUUGCAACGAUUUGGUCCGCGUGGUACCCGGGAAUAUUUGCAAAUGGGCUCUGCUCUAUUACCGACUUGGCAACAAGCAAACCGUCCGGUGCAAUCCCGUGCCAAUGGUCUGGUCAGUUCAUUCGUGUAUGCCAGCCCUUCUGCGACGAAUCGGAUGCCAAUUCGGGCAAGUGUUGUGGUUCGGGGUCACGGGGUCACACUUCACGUACCAGAGCUCAGUAACGUACAGUCUGUGCGAAGACCAUCGGGCGAUAUGCAGGCUCUAGAUGGUAAUGAAAAGAACGGAACACUCCGUUUCCUCAAACAUACAGUCACUUUUUUGGAACCCCCGUUUCUUCUCGCCCGCGAACCAAUGCGCCGCUUGUCGGAGGCCUCGAAGAACAAAGUAUUGACGCUCCAGCAUCCGAAUCAUCCUUACCUGGUCCGCGAGCAUCAUCUAAUUUGA